AUGAAUGGGGAUAGUUUAAUGUUAGAAUCUUUUACUUUGAAACGAAAAUAUCAAGAAGCACAACAAGAAUUGAGCCAUGCUUUGUUUCAAUAUGAUGCAGCUUCAAAUAUCAAAUCUCAUAUUGAAAUUCAACCACCUGCAGAUACAUCUACAUCUGAGACACAAAAGAUGCAGGUUGAUGAGGAAAAAGGCAUAGGUAGUUCAAUCAUUGAAAAAUUAGUAGAAGCCAGUGUAGUUUUAUCAAAGGGAUGUAAAAAAAGAAAACCACCACCAAGCCUUACACCUGCUGAUACAAUCAAAACAUUUACUCAAAUUUCUACAAUUCCGGCCUUACACAACUCCUCAACCGAUCCUAUAGAAUGUGCCCUAGAUCUUAUGAGACGUCUUCCACCACAAAAAACUGAAGGAAACCUUCUACAACUCAUAGAUCUUGUACCUCAUCUUCAUGAAGAUAUAAUAAACGCUGUUGACCAACCUUUAAAAAUUGGUAGAUGUAAAAAAGAGGGAAAGGAUUAUAUUUUAUGUGCCUUUAACAAAGAUGGAGAAUCAUAUCGCUCUCCUUGGUCAAAUAAAUAUGACCCAUAUAUCGAUGAUGCCAUAUUCCCAUCUUCAAGAAUACGUAAAUUAGAAGUAGCUGCCAAUGAGGCAUUUAAUACAUAUCGAGAGAUGUACUAUGAAGUUGGUGACGGCGUUCGUAAAAUGAAAGGUGUAUGGGACUCUAUUCAUGUCUUUAAAGCAAAUGAGCGUGGUCGCAAAGCUCAAUAUAAAUUAACAUCUACUGUCAUGCUUUAUACAAUUACAAAUAAAUCUGAUCUUGGAAAUAUGAAUUUAUCUGGAAGUAUGACAAGACAAUUUGAGGCAGAAUAUCCAUUUGAUGACCCCUCAGCACAUAUCGCAAAUAUUGGUCGUAUGGUUGAAGACAUUGAACUUAAAAUGCGUAAUUUGCUUCAAGAAGUUUAUUUUAGUAAAACAAAAGAUAUAGUUAAUGGUUUACGUUCAGUAAAUUCCCUUAUCGAAGCACAAAAACAAAUGGAAGUUCAAAAGGAGUUGGUUGGGAAGUUAUUAGAAAGAAAAGCAUGA